AUGCAUCGCCAGACGCUCUCCAACAGUCCAGCUUCGGCCCCCCUCGGACCAUCACCAGCACUUGCACCAGCACUUGCACCAGCACUGCCGCCGCGACCUCGCCUGCCGCCCAUCAACUCGAUCCAGCCCGUUCCCUCGAUAAAUUCCAUCCACUCGGCAAAUCCCAUUCCGGGCUUCAGCAGCGUCGACUCGCGGCCGUCGAAUGCGCCAUUACCAUUGACGCUGCCUCUUCCAUUACCGCCAUCACAUUCACCCCCAAACUACUCGCAGUCCAUGCACAGCCAUCGCCAGUUCCCCAGCCCGUCCGACAACGACAGGCUUCCCCCGCUGGUGCACCAUGACGGCGACAGCAGAACAUUGCCGUCGCUGAGCAGCAUCACCGGCGACGUUGCCAUGCGCGGCGACGACCAGCAUCGCCCUCCGCAGCAUCUCCACGGCCUCCCCAAUCCGCCGCCGCCGCACCAGAACCAGAACCAUUGGCCGUCGUCCUUCAAUGCUUCAUUGAACUCGUACCGACAACCACCGCCUUUCCACGCGCCCGACAGCCCGGCGACAAUCAUGGACAUGGACGGCGCGGCAAGCGUUGCCAGUGCGGCCUCGCCGUCGCCGGAUCGCAUCUAUGACGGAACACCAACCCCGAGCAGCCUCACGCUCGACGACCCGGACGUGCGGCUUGCGGCUGAGGCUCUGGGAGAUUUACGCGCAGAUUUCGUAUCGUCGCCUCCCGACUCCUCAUCGCUGCCACCCAUGAGCCCGCCCAUUGCCCCGUUUCAGCUUCAACAGACGAAACCAAUGUCGCCCAAGCCGGAGCCGCUUUUGUCUCUCCUUACAACCGCUCAUCCCUUCGUCGCCUCGACAAUUGGCGGCGCCAGUUCCGCUUACGGCGGAGCCAAGAAUUUCUCUCCACGAUUCAAGUCGGGCGCCGAGUAUGUCGAGGGCUACCUGACGCCUCUCGCCAAUACAGUCAACUCCGUGGGUAGAGUCACGGGCGUUGAAGGCGGCGUUCGAUGGUUCCUCGGCGCCGGCCGCCGGCAUCCCGCACCCACAUCAGACCCCGACUCGAACGGAUCCAACAAGAGACGGAGGACAGGGGAGAGCAGCAGCAGCAGCGAUGCGAAUGGGUCGCCCGACAACGGUCUCGAUGACUCGUCGUCGGUCGUGUCGAAGACUCCUCGCCGCCUAUCGACUGCCAGUACGGUGGACACGCUGCCAGCUUAUGACGACCAGCGGUCGCCCGCAUACUCAGAAACCGCGCCCGCAACGCACAAGCCGCCCAGCAGCCAGCCGUGGCAGACCCGCUUGAUGAUGUCCACGUCGGGACUAAGCGUUGCCAUGAGCGCCGAGAGUCUGCGUAGCCUCAAGUACUGUUUACGCUGGCUUCGAUGGACCAAUGAUCACAUGAACCGGGCCAUUCUGAACUUGAAGCACGCAUUGGAGGAAUACGAAAAGGCAGAGAAGAAGGAGCGGUCAGAAGGAGGGCCAUCUGCUAAUAGCCCCGGCGAUGCUGAGGCCAUGGAUGUCGACGGCGCGGAAAAGAGUCAAGAGCAACCGAACCCCUCACGAAGCGAACUCGCCGCGCGAAUCAACAGCCUCAAGGGCGAUAUCCUCAAGUCUCUUCAAGACGUUAUCAACAACGUGUCCAAGUAUGCUGGCGGUGCCCUUCCGGAGAACGCGAGGGUUCUUGUUCGCCGCCACCUGACCAGCCUCCCCCAGCGGUUCCGCCUCGCAACCAUGUCUGACAGUCAGUCGGAGAACUCUAACAGAGACGGCGACUCGGCGAUGCGUGAGGGUGCGCAAAAGGUGUUGGUGCUGGCCAAGGAGGGCCUUGACAUGGUGACGCAGGUGACGGGCGUUUUGGAUGGGACCAUUGUGAGCGCCGAACAGUGGUGUGAGAGAAUGGGAAAGAGGCGAAACCCUGAUGGAGAAGAGAGAGAAGAGGCCGCUGCUUCUGGUCAGCAGAUUGAGUUUGGCAGCGACGAAAAGUCGGGCUAA